AGCUGGGGGCCAGGGACUAGGUAUUAGGUGAGGGCGUCCCUGGGACGGAGCCUGGGGGGUCUCACAGGGCGAAUUGGAGGCAGGGCCUGGAGGACCAGCUGUAUGGGGGCAGGGCCUUGCGAUUGUUGGGGAGAUCCUGAGGCGGAAACGGAGUUUAGGCUGGGACCGGGGACACUGGGGGUGGAGUCUGGAAAGCAGAUGUCGUAGGGGUAGGGGCCCGGGAGGCUUAGGGGCAGAGCUUAAAGACUGUGGAAGGGACCUUGUGGUCGGGUCUUGAAGAAGCAUGGCACCCGGGGUCGGUGAUUGAGAAAAAUGGGUUGAUGGUACUUUUCGGCCUCCCUGAGCUUUGGUAACGGUGAAAGGGAAUAGCCUUAAUCGAUGCCGGGCACAUAGCGCCGAGGAAGGCUAGUGUUUCCGCUAUCACUGUUACCUUCGGAAGUCCCGCACCAAGCUUCUGCCUUCCCCCGCCCUGCCGCCCUGCCGUCCUGCCUCUGCUGAAGGCCGCCCCGCUGGUGCUCUUGGGUAUCCGUGGGCUCCUCUCUGAGGAUGGACCUUGGGUUCUGCCUCUUCUCACCGCUUCCUCUGCCCCGUCGUUGUUCACCUAGACCUCUUGUCUCCCAGCCUCGCCCUCCAGACAGCCAGAGGGGUCUGCUGAAACAGAAACAGGAACUGGUGGUCGACCUCCGUGUGUGAGCUUGGCGGGUGGGCACAAUGGACCUGGCUUAUGUCUGCGAGUGGGAGAAAUGGCCCAAGAGCACCCACUGCCCGUCGGUGCCCCUGGCCUGCGCCUGGUCCUGCCGCAACCUCAUCGCCUUCACCACAGACCUCCGCAGCGACGACCAGGGUGCGACCCUCGCCCAGCCCCCAUCCCAUGUCAUCAGGCCCCAGCUCCUAUAGACCUGACCCGCAUGAUCCACAUCCUGGACACGGAACACCCCUGGGACGUGCACUCCAUCAACUCUGAGCACAGUGAAGCCAUCACCUGCCUCGAGUGGGACCAGUCAGGCUCACGGCUCCUGUCGGCCGACGCUGACGGGCAGAUCAAGUGCUGGAGCAUGGCAGACCACCUGGCCAACAGCUGGGAGAGCCACGUGGGCAGCCUGGUGGAGGGGGACCCCAUCGUGGCCUUGUCCUGGCUGCACAACGGUGUGAAGCUGGCCCUGCACGUGGAAAAGUCAGGCGCCUCCAGCUUCGGGGAGAAGUUCUCCCGCGUCAAGUUCUCACCGUCGCUCACGCUGUUUGGGGGCAAGCCCAUGGAGGGCUGGAUUGCGGUGACGGUCAGCGGCCUGGUCACCGUGUCCCUGCUCAAGCCCAGCGGCCAGGUGCUGACCUCGACGGAGAGCCUGUGCCGGCUGCGUGGGCGCGCGGCCCUGGCCGACAUCGCCUUCACGGGUGGCGGCAACAUCGUGGUGGCCACGGCGGAUGGCAGCAGCGCGUCCCCUGUACAGUUCUACAAGGUGUGUGUGAGCGUGGUCAGCGAGAAGUGCCGCAUCGACACCGAGAUCCUGCCCUCCCUCUUCAUGCGCUGCACCACCGACCUCAACCGCAGGGACCGCCUGCCCGCCAUCACCCACCUCAAGUUCCUGGCGCGGGACAUGUCGGAGCAGGUGCUCCUGUGUGCGUCCAGCCAGACGAGCAGCGUGGUGGAGUGCUGGUCCCUGCGCAAGGAGGGGCUCCCCGUGAACAACAUCUUCCAGCAGCUCUCGCCUGCCGUUGGCGACAAACAGCCCAUGAUUCUCAAAUGGCGGAUCCUGUCAGCCACCAAUGACCUGGACCGUGUGUCUGCCGUGGCGCUGCCCAAACUGCCCAUCUCGCUCACCAACACUGACCUGAAGGUGGCCAGCGACACCCAGUUCUACCCCGGCCUCGGGCUGGCCCUGGCCUUCCACGACGGCAGCGUCCACAUCGUGCACCGGCUCUCGCUGCAGACCAUGGCCGUCUUCUACAGCUCUGCGGCCCCACGCUCCGUGGACGAGCCGGCCAUCAAACGCCCUCGGACCACGGGCCCUGCCAUCCACUUCAAGGCCAUGCAGCUCUCCUGGACCUCCCUGGCCCUCGUGGGCAUCGACAGCCACGGCCGGCUGAGCAUGUUACGCAUCUCGCCGUCCAUGGGCCACUCGCUGGACGUGGGGCUGGCCCUGCGGCACCUGCUCUUCCUGCUGGAGUACUGCAUGGUGACCGGCUAUGACUGGUGGGACAUCCUUCUGCACGUGCAGCCUGGCAUGGUGCAGAGCCUGGUGGAGAAGCUGCACGAGGAGUACACGCGCCAGAAGGCCGAGCUGCAGCAGGUCCUCUCCACCCGGAUCCUGGCCAUGAAGGCCUCGCUCUGCAAGCUGUCGCCCUGCACAGUGACCCGUGUGUGCGAUUACCAUGCCAAGCUCUUCCUCAUUGCCAUCAGCUCCACACUCAAGUCGCUGCUGCGUCCACACGUCCUCAACACACCGGAUAAGAGCCCGGGAGACCGGUUGACCGAGAUCUGCGCCAAGAUCACGGACGUUGACAUUGACAAGGUCAUGAUCAACCUCAAGACGGAGGAGUUUGUCCUGGACAUGAACACACUGCAGGCACUGCAGCAGCUCCUGCAGUGGGUGGGCGACUUCGUGCUCUACCUGCUGGCUAGUCUGCCCAAUCAGGGCUCCUCACUGCGGCCAGGCCACAGCUUCCUGCGGGACGGCACCUCGCUGGGCAUGCUGCGUGAGCUGAUGGUUGUCAUCCGCAUCUGGGGCCUGCUGAAGCCCAGCUGCCUGCCUGUGUACACGGCCACCUCAGACACCCAGGACAGCAUGUCCCUGCUCUUCCGCCUGCUCACCAAGCUCUGGAUCUGCUGCCGUGACGAGGGCCCAACGAGCGAGCCGGACGAGGCACUCGUUGAUGAGUGCUGCCUGCUGCCCAGCCAGCUGCUCAUCCCCACCCUGGACUGGCUGCCGGUCAGCGACGGCCUGGUCAGCCGCCUGCAGCCCAAGCAGCCCCUGCGUCUGCACUUCGGCAAGACUCCUGCUCUGCCUGGCAGCGCGACCACCUUGCAGCUGGACGGCCUCAUCAGGGCGCCGGGCCACCCCAAGAUGGACCACCUGCGGAGGCUGCACCUGGGCGCCCAUCCCACGGAGGAGUGCAAGGCGUGCACCAGGUGUGGCUGCGUCACCAUGCUUAAGUCACCCAACAAGACGACGGCUGUCAAGCAGUGGGAGCAGCGCUGGAUCAAGAACUGCCUGUGUGGGGGGCUGUGGCGGCGAGUGCCCCUCAGCUGUCCCUGAGCGCACUCGGCCCUAUUGCCUCUUUAUGGUUUAUGGUUUCCUUUGCAAAAUGUAAGUGGAUUCCUGAUGGAUUUCAAGGAAGGCCAUACUGUCCCCUUGCCGGAGACAGAGCAGCUGUGUACUCCAGACCUUCACUGGGUGCGUUAGACAGCGCCACCUUGAACUAUGCUUUUGGGGCCUUGUCAGCCGCAGCCAGCACCCCGGUAUCCGACAGGACAGGCGAGGACACGGCCUGAAGCAUCGAGUUGGCGCCCUCAGCCCCAGGCGCUGCUCUUUCUCCCUCGGGCCUGACGGUGAGCCCCGGGAGGAGGGCCCAGCCGCGUGGCCACCCUACCAGCUGGUGACUGAGACCUCCCCGGGCAGAGCCAGGGCCCAUGUGCCGCGUCUGGGACCUCUGAGUGCCACAGGUCCAGGAUGGCCCAGGCCUCUGUCCUUUGGAACUUUUCACGUGGACCCAUCAGGCCGCCUGCCCCGGUUCACUCACCUUGCCUGUUGAUAGAUACCAAGCCCUCGUGUCCAGAGGUCUGUGAGCGGGGCGGGCCCAGGAAAGCCCCCACAAGGCGUUUCGUCGGUGUCCUGGGCACGGCCCCUCCCCAAGCCUCGUCCAGUUCCUGCUCCCUUCCCCGGCUGUGUGCUUCUGCCCCUCGUGUGUUGCUUUCUUGCUGUGUCAGCAUUAUUGAGCACUUAGUGUAUGCCAGGCACAGGGUCCCUGUGGGGAGCAGUAGGCUAGAGGUGGCUGGGGGUGCUCCCUGCCCCCAGUUUCUGCUGAUAUGAGCACCUCUGUCUCUUGUCCCCCCUACCUGGCCCCGCCCCUGGGUUCUGGGAGCUCAGGCCUCAUUCCCCAGGGGUCCUGUGUCUGCCAGCAGCCACUUUCAGAUUCUGUCUGGCUCCCCGUGGCCUCCAGGCACAGUGGCUGCCUGUUAAGUGGUAAUUGGUUCUCUUGUUUUCCUUCUGGAGAUCAGAGGGAGGGUAGGCCAAGUAGCGGGAGGUCAACUCACGCUGCUUUGUCAGGCUUUCCGGGGGUGGCCAAGCUCCAGGAGCCCCAUUAUCUGGGCUGGGGGCCUGUCUCCCUUCCACCUGCGGCAGCCACCGCACCAGAGGGAGGGUGACAGCAUCCAGGGCCAGCACAACCUGCGGCCGAGGUCGCGUCUGCUGGGAGGGGGUGGAAAGCCCGGGUCCGGCACCUGGAUGUGCGCUCACUGCCCGGAGGAGGGAGGUGUCUGUAAACCAUUUGCUCUCACUGGAGGUGCAGGAGGAGGGCCUCUCCUCCGGGACCCUCCCACCCAAACUGCGCCCACACUGUCGGGUGGGGGCCAUAAAAGGCUGUCCUUACUGGUUCCUGCA